AUGGGGAAGAGGCUGGGCACAUCGGUAGCUAUGACAACCACCACUUCCGGUCCGUUCCUCUUUAUGGCCCAACUAAGCGCUGCCCGCGCGAAAUUUCCCGGGCUCCCCGGCAGCAGAGGCUCCAGCCCUGCGGGCCUCUGCGUGGCCGCCCACUGCGGAUUCCACCAAGUCUGGAAGUCACUGUUUUGCUUCCCCACAGCCCAGGCGCUGUGGCUGCAGUGGGAUCAGUUCCUGCGGGGUCGCCGCGCAGAUUGGUACAGGAGCAAUGACCGCUCGGUCAUCUGCUGCGACUACUUCUACCAGGCCUGUUUUGACAGCUGCUCUGUUAUCCAGAAGAACCUACACUUCACCCAGCGUCUGAGGCUUGUGGCGAGUGCCGUGCCCACUCUGCCUGUCCCCGCACCUAAGAGAGAAGAGGGCGACCGCAGGUGGCCCCUGAAAGGGAGGAGAGCCGGGCAACUAGGCAGUCUGAGGCUACCUGGUUCCAGCUUCUUGUACACUCCUGUAAGCCAGGUAGAGAGCUGCAAUUUCACAGGUGAAGGGAGACACAGGCGUCCACUGAGGGUGGAUGAAGGACUAGGGUCUAGGCCUCACCUCCAGGUUUCUGUUUUUAUGUCUGUAAAAUUAAAAGUAUGUCGAGCAUGA